AUGGGCGUGGAGUGGUGUGGGCUUGAGCUCCUCAGGCUACUCCACAGCCUUCACGCUCGGCCAAACGCUCCGGCCAGCCCCCAGCGCGCGCACGGUCUGGCCUGCCGCCCUGGAGACGAUCAGCUAUCGGAACUGGUAGUCUUCUCUUUCUCUUGCUGUCUGCUGUCUGCUGUCUGCUGUCUGCUGUCUGCUGUCUGCUGUCUGCUGUCUGCUGUCUGCUGUCUGUCUGCUCUUGGGUUGCUGUCUGCUCCAACUCUUCACAGCUGUCUGCUUCCAACUCUUCAGAGCUGUCUGCUCCCACCUCGAGCGGCUCAGAAUCCAUGGCAGGCCGGACUCGCACCGCAUGUGGGCGGAGCUGGGCCGGCGAACGGCAUCGCGUUUCCUGGUGAGAGCCCGAGGUCGGAUGGUCGUGCUUGGCCAGUGGAAAUUGUGGAGGAGAGGCCCAUGAAAGUUGCGCAACGCCAACACCUGAGUCGCGCCUCAUCAGGGAUUUGCAAACGUCAACCGCGCUUCGGGCCCACUCUGCCAUGGCCCUUGCGGUGUCCUUGGGGCCUCAUCCUCAUCGAUGCCAUCGCCAGCUGCGUGGAGCGCCGUCGACACCAGCCUCUUCGCGGUCUAGCACCACGCACCGCGGUCAGUGCUGGCCACGAUGCACCGCGACGCAGCGAGCUGAGCUCAACGGGCGCUGCACAUGAGGAGCGGACCGUCAGCAGAGCCCACGGCAGGCGGCUUUGGACGCGCGAUCCCGUCGUCUGCCGGCAUCGUCGAGACGCCCGCACGCCGUGCUCUGGCCGCCGGGCUCGCGUCGCCGCUGCAGCUGGACAUGCAGCGUCGACAUGGAAUCCAUGCUGCGGCAUGGCCGCCGGCGCGGGGCUCAACGACGUCCUCUCAGCGAGCAUUCGACGAGCGUUCGACGACGCAUGCCCCGUCACGCCGACGCCCCCUCCGUAUGGCUGCGGCCCUGGCACGCCCUCGUCCGCAAUAUCAGGGACCCUCCGCCCUCUGUCCUCUGCUAUCGGGAGCCAUGGACGACUGGCAUCUGGAAACGGCAAGGCUGGCUGGCUGGCUGCUGGACGGCACUCUCCUCCGCCCCCUGACCUCGUCCUCGAUGCCACCAGGCAGCCCGCCAUUGCUGCUAUUGCUGGAGCGUCACAGCGUCACAGCGUCACAGCGUUUCCAGGCCGAUCAGCUCCAGCGUGGCUUCCGAGCUUCUCCAGCGUCCAAGCACGCCGUGGGGUUGUCACCAUGCAUGAUCUGAAGCCCCUCAUGCUCGCGUCCAUCAGCGGCGUGUACAGUGGCCAGUCGGGACUAGAUUCACACCUCCGGCAAAUCAGAGUCGAUAUCUGUCUCUCUCGAGCUUCCGACGCGGCUUGCAAACGCAUCCAGACUGUCCUGGGUUAAGCUUCAUCGCGCCAGUGCGUCCAGAUCGCUGCAUCUCUGUCCACGCCAGGCCAAUGUGGCGUCUCGUUGCACGCUUGGGGCAUCUGAAGCCGGAAAAGGCUCCAACCAGCGCUGUUCUUUUCCGGUCUGCGACUUGGAGCACGCGAAUGUGCCUGUCGCAAAUCUUGCCUGCAACAGCCCUCUCCAAGGUCGCCUC